ACUGGCAAGAUGUCGAGGAAUGAACAAGAAGACGAAGAACUGAAGGAUGUAGCCAAAGUAGUGGAGAACCUCGACUCCAUAAUGAAAGGAUUGAAUUCGACGGAUGAAAACGAACGGCGUGACGCGAUGGCGCGCUCCGAGUUGUUCCUUGCCGAAAGAGAGAAACAGAAGAAGAUUAAGGAAGUCGCUGGAGAGGCGGACGGCUGCAGGACUGCGACGGAUAGGACGGUGGUGAACAAGAAGGAUGAAUCUGCUGAGUUGGAGGCGUAUCGGAAAGCCGUGGAGGCCGAUGCAGCCGAACGAGCUGCAAGACGGCGAGCAAGGGAACAGAACGCGACAAAAUUGAAAGACGAGGGAAAUGCUGCUUUCAAAGUCAACGACUACGAUCUUGCAGUGAAGAAGUACAGCGAAGGACUAGACGAGAUGCCGUGGAAUACGGCUCUUUAUACAAAUAGAGCACAGGCAUAUUGUAAGGUGGGAGAGCAUCAGAAAGCUGUUGACGAUUGUGACAAAGCACUAGAAAUAGACGACCGAUGUAUUAAAGCGUUGGUUCAUCGAGGGAAUGCACUCGUUGCACUGGAAAAGUUUGAUGAGGGCAUCAAGAGCUAUGAAAGAGCCGUCAGGGUGGCUCCAUUGAAACAAGAGAAGACGAUUAAAGGAUACAUUGAGAAGGCUGAAGAACUACGAGCUGCAGCUCUGAAAGAGAAAAAGGUUCUUGAUUCGCACACUCGUGGUGACUUGGAAUCAACAACGUUACUUGAAAUGCUCGAAGUAUUGUCAAGAUGCGAACUUCCCAAGCAACACAUCUUGGAAGCAGCUCGAACGUUAGCACUUUCAGUUGGAUCAGAUAUACAGCGAACACUGUUUCGAGCAAAAAACGGCUUUUCUACAUUGCUCACAAACAAAUACUUCGAGGAGGGAGAUCCAGACGUCGUUCAAUCGGUAUUGGACGUCAUCUAUGCCGUGUGUACAGGCGACAAACAGAAUGAGAACGCACUGCUCAGCAUCAAGAACAUCGGCGAUAUAUUCGGUGACCUCUUAGUCUCCACGUGUCCCGUCGUCACGUCCUCCGCCGCUGCUCUCAUCCACAUCUUAUCAAUGAACGUUCACUCCAGAACUCGACUCAUCGCCAUCAUGUCAAAGAGCAGGCUUAUGCCUGGUUUGGUUGCUGUUAUUGAUUGUUGCUCGGCGGGAACGACGAAUGCAGUGGAGACGUUUGCUAAUUUUGCAUUGGAGAAAGGGUUUCGUGGGUUGAUGAGCACGCAGGUCAAUAGUAGUUUGGUGCCAGCGUUGGACAAGUUGAUACAUCGCCUAUUGAUCAGUUACGGCAACUCGCUUCCCGGCGACCAAAGCAGCACGAUAGUCCACGGCUGCUUCACAGUGUUAGCCAACGUGAGUGUUGAAAAUGCCAUACGACGCAACAUGGCAACACGCAGAGCAACGUGGGAGAACUCACUCAGAAUUCUGGAGAUCUACAGAUCGUCUGCGAGUAGUUUGAAGACCAUUCUUGUACUGCGGACAGUCUUGGGUCUCCUCAUGAACUUGGCACUCGAGAAGACUGACGCCAUGGAGAGUGUUUCAAGGUCUCUCGUCUCGACAACCAUCCACUACAUUUCGAAUCGUUCAGACGAAGUCAUCGAGCGAUCGUGUGGUCUCUUGAGUCGUCUAUUGUCGUCGUAUUCCGAUAAUCUCAUUCCAGAAGUUCUACGAGGAACGACAGUCCACCAACUUGCCAUCAUUUCAAAGUCGAUGUUGCAGUCGGGUGAGAAAGAGCCGUCUGCUGCACACGCCGUUCGCUGCCUGGCGUUGUUGGUGCAACGAAAUAAGGAGGGAAGACAAGUGGUGAUGGAAGCUGGAGGUGUCCAUGCAAUGGUUGACUUGCUAGAGAUGGAGGACGACUCAAUUGUUGGUAAUGCUUCCCUCUGCAUCGGCAGUUGUGCAGAAGAAAAGAGAAUCUGUACAGCACUGGCUGAUACGAAUGUCGUCCCGAGACUUUUGCAUCAUGCGAAAGAGGCAUUUGGUGUUGUACAACAGAACUGUGCGGUUGCGUUAGCAAAACUGGCAUCAGGCGAUGAUCGACAUUUGGAGAAGCUGAGGGCACUACACGGCAUAGAAAUACUUCACUCGCGAAUGAAAUGAAGCAUCUGGCGUAUCCACACGUGCACCUCAACUGCAGUCUAUUGUAUAGCGUUUUGAGUGUCACAACGACGUCAUGAUCACAACUGUUGUUUGAGUUCCCGUUAAUUAAGGAAACUGAAAAUCUUUCUACCACAAAUGUCUUAUAGACGAGCUGUGGGUCACAUGUCAAUUGGGGUGGGGAGGGUGAGUGAGUCGUCGGCCAUGUUGAACGUAGCCGUAUGAGAAAAUGUGAAUUGAAAUUCAAUAAAUAUGUGAAAACGUGGAGUAAUGUGUGUACACUACGGUUGGUACUU